UUUGUUUUUGGGAUGGUUGUGGAUGCUUGAUUUUUCACUAACAUUUUUUUUUCUUGAUGAUGGUUUUUAAUUUGAUUGUAAUUUGUAAAGCUUUAACUUUUUUUUCUUUUGGUUUUUUAGCUCCUCUUUUGAAUUUGAUCCAUGGAGAGUAAAAUUGGUAAAAUGUAUUUGUACUUUUUUGUUUGUUUCAUGAGUUUUACUUUUUUUUGUUAAAAAAAAUCUUCUUCAAUUCUCUCUUUCAUUGAGCUUCCUUCUUCUCCUCUCGGCUUUGAAUCCAAAGUUUUUAUUUAUUUUAAUUUAAGCUCUAAUUCUGAUAUUAAUUCAAUGUUUUGAGUUGUGAGUUUUGAUCCUUUCUUUUUCCCUUAUAUCAACUCUCACCUUGUUUACCACUCUUCACAAAAUCAAUAAAAGUAUCCCACUUUCACAUUCACAUCUUCAAACGCCAAAUCUGAACAUAAUGGAGCUCCAUGCUUGUUCUCCUCCAUCAAGGAUGUAAAUGCUAGGGGUAGUCCAAGAGUGUGGCCUCAGGUUUGGAUGUUAUAAUCAAUAAAGAGAUUCAAGGCAACUAAAUGAUUCUGUGGAAUACUAUGACUGAAGAGAAAUCUGGAGGAUGCCCUUUGCGGUUUUUUUACUUGUGUGCAAUCCUCUGUGAAUACAUGUGAGAUAGUGGAAUCAAUAAAGAGAUUCAAGGCAACUAAAGCCGAGUUUCCCGUUUUUUGUUCGUCAACUUAUCAAAUGCAUCUAUCAAAUAUGGAUACCUCUGGUAAUACAUGUGAGAUAGUGGAAUCAAGGGAAGAGAUAAUUUCCGAGUUCAAAAUGGAUGAAAAGCCUGAGAGUAGUUGUGCUCACAAAUCAGGAAAGAAGUAUUCAAUUGAGGAUGAUAUUAAUCAGCUUUUCCAGGCUAUUGAAAUUAAAAGCUCAUCUAGAAGUCGUAGUUCAUCAAGUUUACAAAAGAGUGCUCUUAAAAGGCCAAUAAAAGUCACUUCAUCUCAGGCAUCAGGAAUUGGCAUCUCAGAGCCUGUAAGUUUAAAGCAGGCACUUAGAGGGUUGUGCAUCUCUCAGGCCUCAGAAAUGGCUGCUUUGAAGAGACUGACUAAGCCAUGCAGUUCAUCUAGAGUAUCAGAGGCGGGCACCAUCAAAAGGUUGUACACAGCAGUGGUAGACGAGGGGAAAGGGAACUUGGUUGAAAUCUCUCUAGUACCAGAGAUAUCUGCACCUUCUGAUAAAUUGUCUGGUGUAACUAUAUCAAGUUCAAUUGAUAAUCAUUCUAGUCCUUUGGUUGAUGCAACAAAACCAAAAGAAAUAAAAACUGGGUUUUCAUCCCAAGAUCGGAUUGUUUCUCCACCAUUAGAGGUUGAGGGUGAGAAACCAAUCAUGGGGAUUGGAAAACCAAUACUUGCAAAUUUGUCACCAGUUGCCUCUGCAAGUGAAGAAGUGCCAGAGGUCAGAAUGGAUCCUGCUUCCUCAAGCAAAGCUUCUCUUGGUUCUUCAAUGUCAGAUAAGGGGCAUGAAGCAAAUUUACCUUCUGGAUCUUGUCCACCUAGCUCUAGCACUGGAAAUGGAGCAGACAAAUACACAAGCAGUAAUACAUGUUUGUCAAAGCCAAUAUUUAAUAACUUGAACUUCCUUAAGAAAAAAGUAAAGCAAGAUUUAAGUUCUGCCGCGAGUUGCUCUACUCCAUGUACUAGUAAUUUGGACAAGGAGGGUGGCAAUUCUGAUUUUAAGCAUGAAAUGAAAGAUAAUGCGAAACAGUCUCCUUGCAGUUCAAAUCAUAGCAUUGAAGUUAACUCAAUUAAUGGUGGCACAGAUUCAAGCAAAUCUGGUUUCAGCUUGAAUUGCAAUAAGAGAACUAAGUUUUUGGUGACAAAAGUUGAUGAGAAAUCAAGAUCAAAGGAAAAGGGUGAGUACUCUCAAAGCUCAAAAAGUAGCAUUGGUGAAUAUAGUAGUAGCACAAGCAUCAGCGAGGAAAGCAGUCUAAGUAGUUCCAGUCGCGGUGGCCACAGGCCUCACAUGUCAAAACACUUGAGAUGGGAAGCUGUUCGUGCUGUUCAGCAGCAACAUGGUAAUUUAAAUUUGAAGCACUUUAAGCUUCUAAGGAGGCUUGGUAGUGGGGACAUUGGAACUGUUUAUCUUGCAGAACUAAUUGGUACAAGCUGCCUUUUUGCACUCAAAGUGAUGGACAAUGAAUUUUUGGCAAGUCGGAAGAAAAUGUUCAGGUCCCAAACUGAAAGAGAGAUCCUUCAGAUGCUGGACCAUCCAUUUCUUCCUACGCUGUAUUCCCAUAUUGCAUCAGAUAAGCUCUCUUGCUUGGUUAUGGAGUAUUGUCCAGGCGGAGAUCUGCACGUGCUGCGACAGAGGCAAUCAUACAAGAGUUUCUCGGAACAAGCGGCUAGGUUUUAUGUUGCUGAGGUUCUUCUUGCCCUGGAGUAUUUGCACAUGCUGGGAGUUGUAUAUCGUGACCUAAAGCCAGAAAAUAUCCUGGUACGAGAAGAUGGACACAUUAUGCUGACAGAUUUUGACUUGUCACUCAGGUGUUCUGUCAAUCCAAUGUUAGUCAAGUCAUCUUCACCUGACACAGAUGCUACAAAGAAGACGUCCAGUCCCUGUUCUGAGGCUAGUUGCAUACACCCUUUCUGUCUCCAACCGGAUUGGCAAGUUUCCUGCUUUACUCCCAUUCUGUUAUCUGCCGGAGCAAAAUCUCGGAAGAUGAAGGCUGACAUAGCUUCUCAGGCUGGUCCUCUGCCACAGCUUGUAGUGGAGCCUACCAGUGCACGGUCUAACUCCUUUGUUGGAACCUAUGAAUAUCUUGCUCCGGAGAUCAUCAAAGGUGAGGGUCAUGGGAGUGCAGUAGAUUGGUGGACUUUUGGUAUAUUUUUGUUUGAGCUUUUAUAUGGUAAGACUCCUUUCAAGGGCCAAUCAAAUGAGGACACAUUAGCCAAUGUGGUUUCACAAAGCCUUAAGUUCCCGGGUACUCCAAUAGUCAGUUUUCAUGCAAGAGAUUUGAUCAGAGGAUUGUUGAUAAAGGAUCCUGAAAAUCGAUUAGGUUCUGUAAAAGGUGCUGCUGAAAUAAAGCAGCACCCUUUCUUUGAAGGCCUGAACUGGGCUCUAAUACGGUGUGCAGCACCGCCAGAGCUCCCCAAGUUUCUGGAUUUUGGAAGUAGUGCUCCAUCUGUGGCUGCAAAUAAGGAGAAUGCAAAUGAUUUAGAGGAUAUAGAAGAUUGUGAAGAGUUUGAGCUGUUUUAGUUAGACUUGUCUUCUCUGCCCUUUCCUACCCCCCGUUUUCUUUUUCGUUUCUUCUUAUGAGGGGUGGGAAUUUGAAUUGAAGUUAACUUGGUUUUAAAACUUGAACUCAUCCAUAUAACACUUAGUAUAGCUUAUAGCAUAAAUGUAAUCCAAACCUUGUGACAAAUAGAUAGGUUAGUAUAUGUUUAUACUGUACUAGAAGUUGCAAAUCGAUAAAGGAAACAUGAGGAUUUCUUUGGUUUGUCUGCAGGCCAUUUCAGCUUCUAUAUGAUAUUAUCAAUGGAUAUUUCUAUCCCUUUUUUCAUUUGCC